AGCAGGAGGAGAGAACGUGAACAAACCCUGUCCUCAGGCAUAAGGAUGACCAGCCGUUAGCGAGUUAAAGGGGGCAUCUUGUGACUUUCUUUCUUUUUUUUUGCACAACAGAAGAGGAAGAGAGAAGUGAAUGACAAAGUCUAUGCAGCCUGUCUUGGGGUGUUUUCCCAGCAGUGUCUGGCUUUGGCAAAAAAUGACGACUUCAUUCUGAACCUGAAGAAGAAACAAACGUUUGUGGAUUUUCCGUCAGAAGACGGUCCAGGAUGAACGGCGGUUUCUCGUCACUGCGUUCGGAGGUGGCAGGGGCUAUGAGGACGGUACUGGUGUCCGCCGAGAGCUUGCAGCUCACUCUGAAGCCUGAGCUCACUCAGGAGGAGCAGGCCCUGACGCACGCCACCGCCGGCGGUAAACCCAGGGAGAAUCUCAAAGCCGGAAACGAAGACCUGAAAGAGAUGCUGGAGAGCAACAAGGAGUCCCUCAAACUGGAGGCCAUGAAGAGGAUUGUUCAACUCAUUUCUAAGGGGAAAAAUGCAUCCGACUUGUUUCCGGCGGUGGUGAAGAAUGUCGCAAGCAAGAACAUUGAGCUGAAGAAGCUUGUGUACGUCUACCUGGUGAGGUACGCAGAGGAGCAACAGGACUUGGCUUUGUUGUCAAUAAGCACCUUUCAACGGGCCCUCAAGGACCCAAACCAGUUCAUCCGAGCCAGUGCCUUAAGGGUCCUGUCCAGCAUCCGCGUCCCGAUUAUCGUCCCCAUCAUGAUGCUGGCCAUCAAGGAGGCGGCCUCUGACCUUUCCCCUUACGUCAGGAAGACCUCUGCGCAUGCUAUCCAAAAACUGUACAGCUUGGACGCAGACCAGAAGGAGCAUCUGAUCGAAGUGAUCGAGAAACUAUUGAAAGACAAAAGCACGCUGGUGGCCGGCAGUGUGGUGGUGGCCUUCGAGGAGGUGUGCCCAGACCGCAUUGACCUGAUCCACAGAAACUACAGGAAGCUGUGCAACCUGCUGGUGGAUGUGGAGGAGUGGGGCCAGGUGGUCAUCAUCAACAUGUUGACGCGCUACGCCCGGACGCAGUUCACCAGUCCCUGGAAGGAGGAUGGCAUUUUUGACGAGAGCGAGAAAGCCUUCUACGACUCCGACUCUGAGGAGAAACAAGGCCAGAGAGAAGCAAAGCCGUACAUCAUGGAUCCAGAUCACAGGCUGCUGCUGAGGAACACCAAACCUCUUCUGCAGAGCAGGAACACUGCAGUUGUGAUGGCUGUUGCUCAACUUUACUGGCAUCUCUCCCCUAAACACGAAGUGAGCAUUGUCACUAAAUCACUAGUUCGACUGUUGAGAAGCCACAGAGAGGUUCAGUACGUCGUGCUGCAGAACAUCGCCACCAUGUCCAUUCAGAGGAAGGGGAUGUUUGAGCCGUACAUGAAGAGUUUCUAUGUCAGGUCCACAGAUGCCACACACAUAAAAACACUGAAGUUGGAGAUUCUGACUAAUCUCGCCAACGAAGCCAACAUUUCCACCAUCCUGAGGGAAUUCCAGACCUACGUGAAGAGCCAGGAUAAGGCGUUUGCUGCCGCUACCAUCCAGGCCAUUGGCAGGUGUGCCACCAACAUCUCCGAGGUCACAGACACCUGCCUCAACGGCCUGGUGCUGCUGCUUUCCAACAGAGACGAGACAGUCGUGGCCGAGAGCGUGGUGGUCAUCAAGAAACUGCUGCAGACUCAGCCCACCCAGCACUGUGACAUCAUCAAGCACAUGGCCAAGCUCUUCGACAACAUCACCGUUCCCAUGGCUCGGGCCAGCAUCCUGUGGCUGAUGGGAGAGUACUGCGAGAGGGUGCCGAAGAUAGCGCCAGACGUGCUGCGAAAGAUGGCGAAGACUUUCACCUCUGAGGAGGAUAUCGUCAAGCUGCAGACUGUCAACUUGGCGGCAAAGUUGUACCUGACCAACUCCAAGCAGACCAAGCUGCUGACCCAGUACAUCCUGAACCUCGGCAAAUACGACCAGAACUACGACAUCCGAGACCGGACGCGCUUCAUCCGACAGCUGAUUGUGCCCAGCGAGAAGAGCGGUGCCCUCAACAAAUACGCCCGCCGCAUCCUGCUGGCCUCCAAGCCUGCGCCGGUCCUCGAGUCCGCUUUCAAAGGGCAGUUAGGUCAGACCCCUUUACCUUGGACUAAUGAGAUGGACAGAGACCGUUUCCAGCUGGGGACGCUCUCCCACAGCCUGAACAUUAAAACCACCGGCUACCAGGAGCUGUCUGACUGGCCAGCGGCGGCGCCUGAUCCGUCUGUGAGGAACGUGGAAGUGAUUGAACCGGUACAAGAGUGGGCGCCGUCUCUGGGGAAAGCCAAGAAACCCAAAUCUGAUGACAGGUUCUACUCAGACGAUGAGGAGGAGAAGGAGAAGGAAGGAUCUGGAAGUGGUAGUGAAGACAGCAGCAGCAGCAGCAGUGGCAGCAGCAGCAGCAGUAGUAGCAGUGAAGAGUCAAGCAGUGAGAGCGAAGAGGAGAGCAGCGAAGACUCGGAGAAGACCUCCAGCGAUUCCGGGAAGAGUUUGAGCGGAUCUGAAGCGAGCUCCAGCGAGUCUGAAUCCAAACAAAAGAAGAAACGAACUAAGAAGGCGAUGCCGAGGAAAAGCAAGCAGACUGCUGCGUACAGUGACUCGGAUGAAAACGGAAACGGUCCUGUGGGCAAAACCAGCAGCUCAUCCGCUGAAAGCUCCUCCGACUCGGAGUCUGACUCUGACUCCGACUCCGACUCUCCAGCUCUGCAGAAGAAGACCGUUGCAAAGACUAAACCGAAGGUGGAGGUAAAGUCCAAGAAGGAAGUCUCUCUAUUGGAUCUAGAUGACUUUUCUUCUGCGCCUCCGAGUGCACCAAAGUCCUCUGUGUUCUCCUCGAGCCUGCUGUCCGACCUCGAAGGCCUCUCUCUCUCCAACGUCUCGUCCGCCAUGCAGGUCACGUCUUCACCGUUUGGCCCCGUGAAAACCCACGAGCUGCUCCACCAUAUGACGGGAAAAGGCUUGUCGGCCAAGUACCAUUUCCCCCGGCAGCCAUGCUUAUACCAGCCCAGUAUGGUUGCAGUGCAGGUCAUCCUGACCAACAGCUCAGAUCACAGCCUGGAAGAGAUCCAUAUAGGAGAUCGGAGCCCAGGCAGCCUGAACGUCCACUGCUUUAACUCUGUUGAGCGGCUGGAGCCGGGGGCCUCGGUGAGCGUGUCCAUGGGCAUCGACUUCAGCGACUCAACACAAGCAGCCAACUUCCAGUUAUGCACCAAGGAGGACCAGUUCAGCGUGUCCAUCCAGCCCGCCGUAGGAGAGCUGCUGAUGCCCAGCACCAUGAAAGAGCCAGACUUCUGCAGUGAGCAAAAAAAGCUCAUGGGCAUGAAUGAGACUUCUGCAACCAUCACCAUGGCAACUGCCAACACCUCCAAGCAGAACAUCAGCAAGCAGGUCCUGUCGGUGGCUAAUGUAGGAGUGGUUUCAUCUGACCAAAACAACCUUCAACGGUUUGCUGGGCGCACUGUCAGCAGCGGAGCUCUGGUUUUGGUUACGCUGGAGCUGAGAGAGUCCUCCACUGCCCUCCUCACCAUCAACACAGAGAAGACCGUCAUGGCUUCCAUGUUGCUCAGAGAUCUCAAACAAGCCCUCUUCCAGGCGUAGAUCAAGCUACCAAGAAGGGGGAACAGUUCUUAUUAGAAGAUCUCACGUAUUUUUUUAUUCCCCUAUUUUGGGACGACUCUGAAUCUGUUAACAAGUGCGUGGCGCUUUGUACCUGAAAUCCAGGAGACUUGACUCAAAAUGGACUGGAAGCAAUGAAGAAACUCCUGUUCAGUGUUUUCUAAUUUAAAAGGCCGGCGUCUUUAGCGAGGGUUUUCGCGAAGCAUCAGAAUAAAUAUGUGAAAGUCUCAGCAGUGUUGGAAAGCAUCACAGAUAUGACUACAUUUUCAGAUGUGACACUUUUCUCAUUGUGUUUACAUAUCCACUACCAUUUUGGCCAAAAAAUAAAUAAAAAAUACUGUCAAGACUCUAUUCACAAAAACACUGACUUUAUCUGGACUGUAUGGGAUGAUAGAAGUGCCAAAAAAUUAAUAUGUUUGUCUAAUAAUAAUAAUAAUUUGAAAAACAAUGAAAAGUAGAAACAAAUUUCUUUUUGGCUUUUUUUUUUAUUUUAAUUUCUUCAAUUUUUAAGAUGAUUAGGGUUUGACAACUGUGCACUCACAAAUGGGUAAAGCAGAAAUUAAUGCAAAAAAACUAGCAGAACAAAUAUCAAAAGAUGCAGAAGCUCUUUCUAUAUAUUUUCUGAAAUUAUAAACAAAAUUCUACAUCCAUUAAGAUCUGUAUUUCAUAAAUCUGUCAGGUUUUUUUCUUCUUGUCCUUGCUUAUAUAAUUUAUUUUAAACAAAUUUAUUUCUUCUCUUUUUUUGGCACUCCAGUCAUUCCAUAUUUCUGAAGUUUAUUUGUUUCUUCCUGUCAAUUUAUUUGACUCAAUAUCCCGUUUUUGAAACUGUCUAUAUACUAAAACAGUGUUUAUCGCUGCAUCGGUUACCGUACCGAUGAAUCAUCACUGUGAUCCACUCUGGGGUUUUUUUCUUGCCAAGGUCAGAAAGGAGAGAUUGACUUUCUCAUCAGGAAACUACGAAUUAGUGAAACUCUUUAUCUUUACACUCCAGCCUUUAAACAAACCCUGUUGAUUGUUGGCUGAAGCUCCUCCAGCUGGUAAUAAUGUUACGUAGAAAACCAAUGAUCAAUUAGGCUCCAAGGUCUUUUAUCUGUAUGCUUUUCUGAUCAAUAAAACGUGACUUUGUCAAAGUUUA